ACAUUUGGGCAGUUCCAACAAGGGGAAAAAAUACGGGCACGGAGGAACGUAUGCAUAUGCGCAUGUGUUUAUUUGUGGAAAGAAAAUUGGUAUUUUCCCCCGUUGUGACCUCUUUCCCAUUUUGCCUCUUCGCUGCCGCAAUGAAGGCAUGUCGCCCUUUAGUCACCACAGGGGGAAAAAAACAUAUAUUUAUAUACGCAUAUAUGCAUGGGUACACGUAAGGCGCCUUUUGUGCUUCUUCCCCCCGUGCGUGACUAGCCAAAUGGCACAUGGGUAGGCGAACUCUACGCAGCUUCACCCCAUUAUGUGCAAAGUUUCCCACGUUUCGUAAAAUUAUGGAACAUUUUUUUUUCCACCCCCUUCGAUCAAUUUAACUAAAUAAACACAACUUUAAAGAGUGCCCCCAAGGGGAUAGAAAAAAAAAAAAAAAUGGGCCACAAAAUAGACAUUUUUUUAUACAUUUGCAAAACGGAAAACGAAGCAAAGGUUAAGAAAGAUGUCGUGAAGAGACUCAUCCCGACGAAAAGGAAGUUCACAAGGGAGGUAGUGGUCAAGUACGUUUUGCACAACUGUAAAACGAAAAACAAUUUAGUAAAAAAAAAAUGGAGCAUAAGUUACAUGCUGAAUAAGACCAAGGAUAGGCGCAAAAGGGGGAGGAAGGGGGAGCAGCUCGAAAGGAAGCAGCUAGGAAAAAGGCAGCUCGACGAAGUUACUCUUCAACGUGGCGAAGUUACGGACGAACAGAAGACUGAAAAUUCAUCUCAAAAUGGUUCGCAUCAUCUUGUGCGUCGAAAAAGUUGCGCUAAAAAUUCGGGUGCUUACAAAAAACUGCUCAACAGAAUACUCCGCAAUGUGAGAAGUGGCCAGAGCACGACGGUCAUAAAUACAGGGGUAGACACGCAGAAGAGGGAGAAAAAUGUCUUCUUCUAUGGACACCUGUAUAGGAGAUACCUAAGGGACAGCGGAAAUGCGUUGGAAAAAGAGGAAACGCCCAGCGGUGUUACUAGCGAAAAGAGUGAAGAAGCAGCCUCGGAGGGGGAAAUAAAGAAGGACAAGAUGCAGAUGAAGAAGACGAAGAACGAAUCGCACAAAGGUUGCCGUGACCCCUGUGGUCGCGCGAAGAGAAGACGGGAGGACCACACUCAAAGCGCCAAUUUUGAGGAAUGUUUAAAAAAAAAAAAAGGACUCAUUUUGGAUAUAUACGAUUGGAUUGUUAGCACGAAUAGUGAAGAAGAUAUGAAAAUAUCAAUUUCGUCUUGGACUUACAAAAACUGUAAAAUAAUGGAUAUGCUAAAAAAAAAAAGAUGUAGUGAGGAUAAGAAUCGCGCAAGUGGAAGGAAAGGCGGUAGGAAGACCCCCCCCUUUUGCCACAGAUGUUUUAUAAAAAAAUCUUUUGACAACCCCAAUUUUGAGGAUCCCCAAUGCUGCAAGGAAUUGCCCAUAAAAAGACCCAUACAAAAUGGCGAGCAUUUGACCAGAUGCCUUAAACGUAUAAUAAAGAGGUGCAGAAAAUUUUUUGGCCCAUCAAAGAAGGGAAUCACUAAUGUGUGCUUUGUUUUUAAAUAUAAAAUUAGAGUAGACGGCCGAGACAGUUGUGUGUACUUAGUUAAUUUUCCCCUUUGCAACGUUCAGAAAAAUAAAAUUUUCCACAACAGUAAUAGUGAAAAGUCGCUGCUAUUUUUGUUCAAUAAGAAGAUUUUAAAAUGGGUUAGAAGUGUUAGUGAUUACUCCAGUUUUGUGUUUCCCUUUAAUAACGCGAAGGGGUGCCAGAGGGCCCUCAAAUUGAAGAAGAAAAUGGUUUAUUUUGUGAGGGAUGGAGCCCCAAAAGAGGAGAACGACCCCUCCGAGAAAACCGGCACGAAGGAAGAAACAGAGCCCACAGGGGUAAUAACCCCAUUUAGGAAGCAUAAAAAAAAGGACAUCAUCUUCCACAUGCAUCUUUUCGAAUUGCUCAUUAGACUUAUAUUUGAAAACACGAAAACGUAUUUUACCUUUUUCAUCACCGAGUUGACGCACGAUGGGGAAUUCUAUAAAAAUGUGUACUACCUAAAUUUGAGCCAAAUUGUUAACGUGCGGAUGAAGCAAAGAGGGAAGAAGAACACAGCACGAGGGGGAGACACCAGUAGUGAGCUACACAAUCUGAUGAAACAGAACGACCAGUGCAAACAUAUGAUAAGCGAAAGAGACAACACUAUACGGAUGUUACAAAAUGAGGUAAGAGAGAAAAAAAACGAAGUGUCAGAGCUGGAGGAUCAACUCUCAAAGUAUAAAAAAGACCAUCUGGAUAAGCUAAAAAUUAUAGAAAAUUUGAAGAGCAAAAUGUUAAAAAAGGAGAGUACCAACCAGAAGGAAAAUAAUGCAAAUGAGCAGAUGGUGAAAAAUGCUAAUUAUGUAAAAAAAUUGUAUAAUGAAAAUAAUUUAUUAAAAGAAAAAAUUAAAAAAUUGAAUGAGUCGAUUAGGAAAGACGGGGCUUCUUCACAGUCGGUUGGAAGAUUUGCUGACAGCAAGGAGAGUGGCAUGACCAACCUGCUGGCAAAUAACCAGGUUAACGCGCAGUGCUCACUGGAUAGAAAAAUGUCAAAAUGA